CCCGCCUAUUUCUACAAUGCAUUUUCUUAAAAUGUGAUUUUAAACGUAACCCUAACAUUGACCACACUGCUAAGCUCAUUUCCGACUCAAACAUCAAAUUAAAACCAAAAAGCACAUUUUAGUUUCAUGAAUGUUUACAAUAUAUACAUUUGGACUUUGUGUCUAGGGUAACUAGUGAAAACCGUUUACCACCCAAUCAGAAAACACUUGCAUUUUAAAAUGUCGAUUACUUUCUGGUUGGCAGCCGGCACCCUUUUAAUUUCCGUUCUCAUUAUGAAGGUUAAUCAGUGAGUGACUAACAUCGAAAUCUGGAAAACGUACUGCUACUAGCUAGCAAUGCUAGUUCUUCUUUUCAGAGGUCAAGGGAGACAGUAUUGUUGCUAAUUGCUUCACUUUCGUUGUUGCCAGCUCGGCUGACUACCACACAGCUAGCAAUCUGGCUAGCUUGCUAGUUAAUGCCGAAUGGGAACCCAAGAAGAUGAGCGAGAUUGGGUGGACGUGGCAAAUGAUAUCCUUAGCAAGUGUCACAUUAACCUAAGACUGAAGAAGGUGACCGACUGUAAUGCCAAUGUUUUUGCCACUUUGUAUGAGGCCAUCUUGGGGGAGAAAGUCCCAGACUACAUCGCCGCACCGAGCAGUCAGGAGGAUGAUGUCCACAACAUCCAGUCUGUGAUCGACUCCCUGGCUCUGGAUUACCUUCAGAUCAGCCUUUCACACAUCACAGGCGAGAACAUUGUACGAGGGGACAAGGAGUCCAUCAAGAACCUGUUGGAGAUCUUUGACGGGCUGCUUGAGUAUCUCACCGAGCAGAUCAGUGAAGAGGAGUCGCAAAAUGGAGACAAGGAACCAAACGGUGUUCCUGUUGAGGAUGCCCCCCUCCCUACAGGGCCAGUGGUCCCCCAGACAGAGGAACAGGAGGCCCUAAUGGAGAGAUCCUCCCAAUAUUCUAGUGUGCACUCUGCCGUCCAGUCUAGCAGCAAGCAUUCCCUCCACUCUUGGAAUGCAGAGGAGACGGGCUCGACCAAUGAGCUUAUCCUCCUGGGAGACUCCGCCCGCACGUUCACGGCCAAACAAGAAGUGGAAGCCUCUUCCCAAGCUCCGGGCCCCAGCACCACGGGUGCCCCGGGAACCCCAGGCACCCAGGCCACUCUACUGAGGGAGCCCCUGCGCUCGGCCAUCCCCCUGCAGCCCCCCUACCAGACCACCCCCCACAGGCCCGACAGAGCUCCCCACUCGGGUAGCCAGUCUCCCCCAGCCAACGGUCUCGGCAGCGGGGCCGCAGUGGAGCAGGGGGCACCCGCUGGCACCUCAGAGUCCCCAAGGCCAGUGGCUGACACAGUUACCAAUGGAGUGCGCUCGCCAGCCCACAACCACUCACCUGUCGAGAGUGAGAAGUCUGUAUCCAGUCAAACCAAGGUCAGGCUAGAGGAGGCCAAGGAGCAGCCGGAGCCUACCAGUGUGGGGCCCAGGAGGGUUCUAUUCCGGACACAGCCAGACAUUCAUUUCCUCACCCUGCAGGAUGAGCUGAAGGACAGGGCACCACUGGACACUGAGGAAGAGACCUACACGCAGCAGGACAGCUGGGCUCACAGGGGGCGGACGGGGAUCAGCAGUAGCAGGGUACUAGAGGAGGAGAAUUGUGAGGAGCCUCUCUCCUGGCGUAGACAGAGAAACAGGAAGGCAGAACAGGAGCUGCACCACAUGUCUGAGAAGCUGUCCCGACGCCUAGAGGAGCUGGACCUGAUGUUAAAGAGAGCGCUAGGAGAGAGCGGAGAGCCCGACGAGGUCAAAGAGGAGGACAAACAGUCCCACCACAGUGACAGCGUCAUGGAGUGUCGCAGGCCCCCAAGGAGGCCAACGGGUACGCCGCGAGCCCCCACAGCCCCCUGUACCCGCUCCCUGUCCCCCUCCCCUCCCCGGGCCCGUCGCUCCCUCUCAGGUCAGCUAGAGGGCGCCAUGAGAGAGGCGGUGAGCGGAGGGGUCGCACAGAGACCCGCCGCCCGUACGGGCCGACGAGAACUCCAUCUACCGCCCCAACACAAACACAGCCAGCUGGAAAAAGCCUAUGAGGAGGAGCUGAAAGUGUACGAGGACAGAGAACGGGCUGCUAUGGCCAAGGAACGAACCAGAGCACAGGAGGCGGUGAGAGAGAGAGAGAGAGUGGAGAGGGAAUACAGAGAGGCCAUACUGAGAGAUGUUCCCCGAGCCCCCAAACCGUCCCAAGUGUACACCACAGCAGCCCAACACCGCUCCCCCAGGACCAGACAACCAACUCCGGGCCGCAGACGACAGGACAAAACCAGGAGAGCCCCACCAAUGAAGGUGAAGGACAACGACCUGCUCCCCCUGCUCCUGGAGGAGUUCCCCCACCUGCACCUCUCGCCCCACGCCCUGGGCAGGAUGUGGCAGCAGCAGCUGAGCCAGGUGGAUCGCCUCAACGCCUCCCUCUCCCUGGACAACCAGAGGCAGGGGCCACGCAGUAAACUCACCAGCCAGGUGGAGGAGGUUCAGAGGAGACACAACCUGCUGGGGGAGAUCAUCCGCAAAGAGCAAGAACACAACAGACGCCUGAGGGAUUUUAAGGAGCGCAUCCAGCAACAGAAGUCGACUCAAAACCGUCUGAAGGAGCAAAGGCAGCAGAUCGCCCGGGCCAAGAAGUACCACAGUGACUACCACGUCCAGCUCCGCGCGCGCAUGAUGAGGGCCCGCACGAAAGAGGAGAGGAUGUUUAAGCAGGUGUUUGAGGAGGGCUUGGAGGUGCAGAAGGCUCGUCUCCGAGAGCAGAGGGCCUACGCCAAGGAGCAGCGCCAGGAGCACCAGAACAAACACCGAGACCAGAUCCAGUCUAUGGAGAACUAUUACAAGGACCAGUUUUCAUUGUUGGCUGAGACUCUCGCUAUAGAGCGACAGGAUAUCCAAGUACGGAAGAAGGCCCAAGAAAAGGCCCUUCAGAAGAUGAAACGAGAGCUGCGCUCCAAGAUGGAGAGGGAGAUAGGCGAGCUGCAGGAGAUUAUCGUCCAGGACGACGACGACGACUACUUCCACGGCCUGGAGGUCCAAAGGUUACGGGGUCGCGUGCAGAUGGCUUCCUUCCAGUACAACACCAGCUGUCAGCACUGACCCCGCUAACGAGCUAGCAAUCUAUAGCUACCUACCGCUGACUUUCCUUCGGCUGCUAAAAACAAACUCUAAAGUCUCUAAAACACACGGAUCUGAGUCCUACUCCUCGAUUUGUUUUAAAUACUUGAUUAUUUAAGAAUGUUAAAAACAAAAAAUGACUCCCUCACUGUGUAUUUUGUGUGCUGUCGUUUUGAUUUUGUCAUGUGGUAAAGAUGAGUAGUUUAGUAAAUUGUCUUUCACAGCCAAACGGGACCAUUGUGAAAAUUGGAUGCAACACUAAUUAUGAAUGUCAUGCCAGGACAAGAUCUUUCCCCCUCUUCCUUUUAAUGCUAUGCAGGAUAUGUCUCCCGUACCGUUUUUAACAAUGUUGAAUGAUUUAUUUAAUUGUACUGUAAAUGCCCUGUUAGUCUGGUUUUUAGGUUAUUGAUCUAACCUGUUACGCUUUUUGAACACCAGAGAGCGCUGAAAGUUCCCUUUGCCACUAAACCACCAUACUAAUAAACAAAUCAGACCUGUUAAAAAGACAUCCUAAGUUUACAAGGCCAAGUAGCAUGAAUGGGGCGGAUUCAUAAUUAGGAAAUGUACGCCUUUCCUAUGCACUUCUCAGUAGUUGGUAUUCAGACCGUAUGGAGGCGUGGUUCAAUAGGGCACACUGAAUACAUUUGAAUUAAACCCCAUGGGAUUUGAUUUUCUAUUUCUCUAAACUGUCCCUUUUAAAUAAGUUAUCUUUUAAUUUGAGUUUGAUCAGCGCAAGCCUUGAAUGUAGACUAUGGAGAAUGGUUCAGAAUAUAGAAAGAUGGCCAUGAAAACAUGUGCAUAUUUGUCUCUGUUCAGGACCCAUUAUUUAUUCCAUGGAAAAAUAGCCUUAAGGCACAAAAGGUAAAAGGUGGUUUGAUUCAUUCUGAAUGUUGCCACAUUCAGUUCAUCAAUGGUAUUGUUGGAAUUUUAUUGCCUAAUAUAAUAUAGAGAAUUAGUAGGGUAUAAUACAUAUACCCUAAUUGCCUGCAUUGAUCGUGAAGCUGUGUGAGGGCAAGUGCAAAGUAACAGUUUGAGCGCCAUAAUGAUUAAUAAGCCUAUAGGUCCCGAUUUGAUUUUUACUACAAUUUGCAUUUGUUAAAUCAAAUGAUGUAAUGGAAUGAUACAUAUGUAGGGAACAAACAUUAAACUGUCUGUUAAAAUAUUGCCCUACCUGGUUAUUACUUAUGGUCACUACCGAUUGUGGCUUAGAAUAUUUAACAUAUGCUAAUGUCUACAAAUGAAAUUGAAGGUAACAGGAAAAGUAAUAUGAUUAAAACAUUCUAGGGAGCACAAAAGGUUACAUUUGACGCCACUUUCCUUGUCAUCCAAUUUGGUUUGCGUCUCGAUCCCUACAAAUUACAAGGCCAUACUUUAUUUGAUCUAUUUAUUUUUAUUUCACCUUUAUUUAACCAGGUAGGCAAGUUGAGAACAAGUUCUCAUUUACAAUUGCGACCUGGCCAAGAUAAAGCAAAGCAGUUCGACACAUACAACAACACAGAGUUACACAUGGAGUAAAACAAACAUAGUCAAUAAUACAGUAGAAAAAUACGUCUAUAGACAAUGUGAGCAAAUGAGGUGAGAUAAGAGAGGUGAAGGCAAAAAAAAGGCCAUGGUGGCGAAGUAAAUACAAUAUAGCAAGUAAAACACUGGAAUGGUAGAUUUGCAGUGUAAGAAUGUGCAAAGUAGAGAUAGAAAUAAUGGGGUGCAAAGGAGCAAAAUAGAUAAAUAAAUACAGUAGGGGGAGAGGUAGUUGUUUGGGCUAAAUUAUAGAUGGGCUAUGUACAGGUGCAGUAAUCUGAGCUGCUCUGACAGCUGGUGCUUAAAGCUAGUGAGGGAGAUAAGUGUUUCCAGUUUGAGAUUUUUGUAGUUCGUUCCAGUCAUUGGCAGCAGAGAACUGGAAGGAGAGGCAGCCAAAGGAAAAAUUGGUUUUGGGUGUGACCAGAGAGAUAUACCUGCUGGAGCGCGUGCUACAGGUGGGUGCUGCUAUGGUGACCAGCGGGCUGAGAUAAGGGGGGACUUUACCUAGCAGGGUCUUGUAGAUGACCUGGAGCCAGUGGGUUUGGCAACGAGUAUGAAGCGAGGGCCAGCCAACGAGAGCGUACAGGUUGCAGUGGUGGGUAGUAUAUGGGGCUUUGGUGACAAAACGGAUGGCACUGUGAUAGACUGCAUCCAAUUGAUUGAGUAGGGUAUUGGAGGCUAUUUUGUAAAUGACAUCGCCGAAGUCGAGGAUCGGUAGGAUGGUCAGUUUUACAAGGGUAUGUUUGGCAGCAUGAGUGAAGGAUGCUUUGUUGCGAAAUAGGAAGCCAAUUCUAGAUUUAACUUUUGAUGUGAGCCUGGAAGGAAAGUUUACAGUCUAACCAGACACCUAGGUAUUUGUAGUUGUCCACAUAUUCUAAGUCAGAACCAUCCAGAGUAGUGAUGUUGGACGGGCGGGCAGGUGCAGGCAGCGAUCGGUUGAAGAGCAUGCAUUUAGUUUUACUUGUAUUUAAGAGCAAUCGGAGGCCACGGAAGGAGAGUUGUAUGGCAUUGAAGCUUGUCUGGAGGGUUGUUAACACAGUGUCCAAAGAAUGGCCAGAAGAAUACAGAAUGGUAUCAUCUGCGUAGAGGUGGAUCAGAGACUCACCAGCAGCAAGAGCGACAUCAUUGAUGUAUACAGAGAAGAGAGUUGGUCCAAGAAUUGAACCCUGUGGCACCCCCAUAGAGACUGCCAGAGGCUCGGACAACAGGUCCUCCGAUUUCACACACUGAACUCUAUCAGAGAAGUAGUUGGUGAACCAGGCGAGGCAAUCAUUUGAGAAACCAAGGCUAUCGAGUCUGCCGAUGAGGAUGUGGUGAUUGACAGAGUCGAAAGCCUUGGCCAGGUCAAUGAAUACGGCUGCACAGUAUUGUUUCUUAUCGAUGGCGGUUAAGAUAUCGUUUAGGACCUUAAGCGUGGCUGAGGUGCACCUAUGACCAGCUCUGUAACCAGAUUGCAUAGUGGAGAAGUUAUGGUGGGAUUCGAAAUGGUCGGUAAACUGUUUGUUGACUUGGCUUUCAAAGACCUUAGAAAGGCAGGGUAGGAUAGAUAUAGGUCUGUAGCAGUUUGGGUCAAGAGUGUCCCCCCCUUUGAAGAGGGGGAUGACCGCAGCUGCUUUCCAAUCUUUGGAAAUCUCAGACGACACGAAAGAGAGGUUGAACAGGCUAGUAAUAGGGGUUGCAACAAUUUCGGCAGAUCAUUUUAGAAAGAAAGGGUCCAGAUUGUCUAGGCCGGCUGAUUUGUAGGGGUUCAGAUUUUGCAGCUCUUUCAGAACAUCAGCUGACUGGAUUUGGGAGAAGGAGAAAUGGGGAAGGCUUGGGCGAGUUGCUGUGGGGGGUGUAGUGCUGUUGACCGGGGUAGGGGUAGCCAGGUCGAAAGCAUGGCCAGCUGUAGAAAAAUGCUUAUUGAAAUUCUCAAUUAUAGUGGAUUUAUCGGUGGUGACAGUGUUUCCUAUCCUCAGUGCAGUGGGCAGCUGGGAGGAGGUGUUCUUAUUCUCCAUGGACUUUACAGUGUCCCAGAACUUUUUUGAGUUUGUGUUGCAGGAAGCAAAUUUCUGCUUGAAAAAGCUAGCCUUGGCUUUUCUAGCUGUCUGUGUAUAUUGGUUUCUAGCUUCCCUGAAAAGUUGCAUAUCACAGGGGCUGUUCGAUGCUAAUGCAGAACGCCAUAGGAUGUUUUUGUGUUGGUUAAGUGCAGUCAGGUCUGGAGAGAACCAAGGGCUAUAUCUGUUCCUGAUUCUAAAUUUCUUGAAUGGGGCAUGCGUAUUUAAGAUGGAGAAGGCGGCAUUUAAAAAAAAUAACCAGGCAUCCUCUACUGACGGGACGAGAUCAAUAUCCUUCCAGGAUACCCCGGCCAGGUCGAUUAGAAAGGCCUACUCGCUGAAGUGUUUCAGGGAGCAUUUGACAGUGAUGAGGGGUGGUCGUUUGACCGCUGACCCAUUACGGACGCAGGCAAUAAAGCAGUGAUCGCUGGGAUCUUGGUUGAAAACAGCAGAGGUGUAUUUAGAGGGCAAGUUGGUUAGGAUGAUAUCUAUGAGGGUGCCCGUGUUUACGGCUUUGGGGUGGUACCUACAACAUACAAUAAAGAUUCUGCAUAAUGACACAGCAUUUCAUACUCCACUGUAGGAAAGGGGCAUAAAUAGCCCUGCCUAUCAUGUCAGUCUCCUGCCAUGACUAGAUUCACAUUAAUCUCCAAGUAAAAUAGAUCUAUAACAAUGGUCAUUUAUCCUAUAUUUACAAUCCCUUUAUCCAUAGGUCUUAUAUCAAUUGAUUUAAUCAAUUGAUUUAUAUCAGAAAAAUCAGUUGAUUUUUCCACUUGAAACCGGCAAGUUCUCUUGACCUUAUUCAUGGUUGCGUAUAAAGGUGGUGGAAUUAAGUCUUCAGAAUAUGGACAAGCACCCACAACUCCAUUUUUUGGGAUCUCCAACCUAAAUGCCUACCUUGCUGUCACUGGCAUUUCCCGCAUGCUUAAAUUCAAGAUUAGAAUACCAUAGAAAGAAAAGUGCAUUAAAAUAGGAAUAAAGUUCAUUUUACCCACGCUAAUCUGAAGUCUAAAUUUCCCCUAUAUGAACAGACAUUAUGUCGGUGUGAGAACAUCACUUGUCAGUGUCAAGGCCACUCGUUGCAGGGACCACACUGGUAGCUGACCGGUCCCUUGUGCAGUGCACCGGUCUGAACUGACCAGGGACGUUUCCCAAAAGCAUGUUAAGGCUAAGUUCAUGAUGCUUUUGGGAAAUGAGCCCUGGUGAAAGCCAUCUUAAAGACCUUCCACUCCAUUGUUUUCACCUGUCAAGUCUUUUCAAGUCAUUGCAGAUGAAUGGGAGAUGAGAAUGAUUUUGAAAUUGAGAGCCUACAUGGUAAAUAAUUGACCCUCAAAUUGUGUGCAACUUGUCUUACCAAUUCCCUUCAUUUUAUGAGAUCUAGGAAAGAAAAAAAGCACUUCAUUCUAUGAAACAUUAUGCUGUGAUUUUCAAACAGCAUAGAGUUUAUUGCUUGUUUUCUGCAAGGGUACAAGAGGUUUAUAAUUUCCGCUUUUAUUUUUCUUAUUUACAGUGUCAGUUGAAGCUCACAGAGCAGCUGAUGUGAAAAAACUAUGAACACACUAAUAAAUACAACAGACUGAAAAAUGAGAAAUAAAAACAUGUUAAAAUUUCAGACAAAAGUUUAGCAAAUUUAAUCAGAAGAAAACUAAUUUACACACACAAUACUUACAUACACAUAGAAUAAAGGAAAGUGGGUUUUACACCAUGUGAGAAAUUGCACCGGUCAGCGACCAAAUGUCGCAGGGCUCGGCUGGCAAAGCAUGCUAAGAGAAGCAACAGUCCAUAUUGUCUGAUCUAUUAUCCAGAAACAACUCCACCUCAUAAGACUGAGUGAAAGUCAAUUAUGGUUAGACGUAGAUAGCAGAAAACAGUACUGUGUGUGUGCAUAUGAGCUUUGUGUGUGCAUAUCUAUACGCGUAUAUAUCUACAUAAAAAGUCAAUCAGUCCAUUAACUAUUUAGUAAAUAGAUGGAAGUUGCUGAUUAUAAACGGCAACACAAGUCUGCGUGUGCAAAAAUGUCUUGUUUUUUCUAAUGCAUUUUAUUCAUUUUCUGUCAAAUUUUAAAAAAGGUUGCUUGUGAUCCACCACAUGAACAAUAUCUUAUACUGUACAAAAGCACAAUUUCAGGAUACUUGAUAAUUGUCUAUCUGAAGAGAAUCUGCUUCACCUUUGAACACACUGGGACUGGGUUUAUUUUAUUUUGCAUGUACGCAGGUGAAUAUAGUCCAUGGUCAUAGUCCACGUCCACUGCUAUUAAACAGGCAGUAUUU